AAAUUUUAUCUUUGACGUUGCUUCCUGAAAUGUCAUAUUGACAAUAAACUACUUGCGCUUGGAAUAAAUCGCGUGAAUUAGAUUGAUACUUAAUUAUCGUGCUUUCUAACAAUAUUUACAAUUAAACCAAGAACUAUAAUAGCUUCAAAAAACAUGAAGCCUGCAUUUAUUUCAAUAUGUAAAAUUGCACUUUUUGUGUUGGUUUUUAUGAGCGUUAUAUCGCACGUAGUUAUCGGCGAUUCGUCUGCUAAAAAAUUGCAAAUUGGAGUUAAGAAAAGGCCUAGUGAAUGUCCGAUAAAAAGUAAAAAGGGUGACCUUCUUCAUAUGCAUUAUACGGGUACAUUAGAAGAUGGGACCGAAUUUGAUAGCUCAAUUCCACGAGGGAACCCUUUAACCUUCACACUUGGUUCUGGGCAAGUAAUUAAGGGCUGGGACCAAGGUUUAAUUGGAAUGUGUGAAGGAGAGCAAAGGAAACUAGUCAUUCCGCCUCAUUUGGCCUAUGGUGAGGCAGGAGCACCACCAAAGAUACCCAAAUCUGCAACAUUAACAUUCCAUGUAGAUCUCGUUAAGAUUGAAAGAAAGGAUGAAUUAUAAUUAAUUUUUCAUCCCAUAAACUUCAGUAGUUAUUUUAUUACUUUGUGAUAAGUUCAGAUGUGUUUUGAUAUAUUAUUUAAGAACAAUUAUUCUUUACUUUUAUAAUCACAAUUCUCAAUUUUUUUAUGAAUACAUGUGUGCUACUGAAGGAAAUAA